ACUUGUGAAUACAAAUGAAACAAAAUGCAUUUCUUUUUCAGAAAGUAACCGUCGAAACACUUCAGCGAAAUGGAAAUCAUGCUAGUUACAGUCAAUCAGUUUUAUCUGUGUACAACUCAAACCAAGAGAUUUGGGAUGAGUUAAUGUAAUUUGACUUAAAGAAUUGAAAGCCAGUCAAGGAUUCACCGUGUUCUAAUCAGGAUAUGACUAGUUGUUGAGACCAGGAACCAAAAAGGGAAGAAAUCUUUGAGUCUCUGUUCUGCUAUCCUACCCAGGAUAAUAUAAACUGCUUGUAGAUUAAAUGGGACAUUAGCAUAUGCCUUUAGAUGAGCAUUAUUCUGCAGUUUAUUUAACAAAACUAUGUUGAUGAUGUAGUUAUUAUACACUGCCCAUCCAAAAAAUAAGUUGCACACUCUAAUAUUUCAUUGGACCCCCUCUAACUCUGAGAACGACACACAUUCACUGUGGCAUCGUUUUGAUAAGCUUCUGCAAUAUCACAGCAUUUAUUUCUGUCCAGAGUUGCAUUAGCUUUCUACCAAGAUCUUAUAUUGAUGAUGGGAGAUUCAGACAAAGUCUUCUCCAGAACAUCCCAAAGAUUCUCAGUGGGGCUGAGGUCUGGACUCUGUGGAGGACAAUCCAUCUCAUGCUCCCUGAUCCACUCAUUCUCUAUGUGACCCCAUGAAUCCUGGCAUCAUCAUCUUGGAACAUGUCCAUGAACAUCAGGGAAGAAAAACUCCACUGAUGGAAAGACCUGGUCCUUCAGUAUCUUCAGGUAGUCAGCUGACCUGUUCUACUGAGUUCUACUGUUGAUUUCCUACCAUCAUCUAAGAGUUUGUUCUGACCACAGAUGAUGGUUCUCCACUAUCCUUCAGGUUUUAAUAAUGUGUUGGAUGGUUCUUAACCUGAUUUCAGUAGUUUCAGAAAUCUCCUUAGUUGUUUUCUUUGCUUGAUGCAGGCCAAUAAUUUGACCCUUCUGAGAGAUUAACAUCCUUUCCAUGACCACAGGAAAUGUUUUCCAACAUGUUGUUUAAGAAAUGAGAAGCUCCUCACUGCAUCAGCUAGAGUUAAAUAAGUUGUUGCAGCUGAAACGUAUUCAUCACUGCAGUAAUUAUCCAAUGGAAGGGUCUUAUCUAUUUUCUUAAAUAAAUCAAAAUGGAAACUUUUUUUUUGGACAGGCGGUGUAUAUGCUUCUACAAAACACAACUUGUGUUUUUUAAAAUAGGAAUUGUGGCACUAUUUGUACAGUGGUGGUGUUUUUACUCUCCACAGUACAGAGGUGUAUUCAGUGUUGGGUCGUUUUAGCUCAUCAGUUUUUUAGAAUAAUUUCUGCUUUACAGUUGAUUUGCCAUCUGACAUUUUUAAAGCAUAAAAUAUUAAUAUUUAUGAGAGUAUGUGUGUCUUUUUAGCUUUAUAUAUGAAAUACUUUCAGAGAUACAUUUUCUUUCAAAUGAGCAUGAAAACGAUUCUAUAAGAAGUUUUUAAAAAGUAAGAUUUUCUUAGUUGUAUAUGAAGAACCAUUUUGAAACUCUGUUUUUUAUGCGGAUCAGAUUAUCUACCAAUAUUUGUGUUUUUGUCAAACCUGCUCAGUCAGUUCUUUCUUCAUUUUUUGACCAAGUAUUUAAUAUUAAAAAGUAUUCCAUAUAACUGCAUAUGGUUCAGAAAAUACCUCUACAUUAUACUUUUUUUUUUAUCGUUGUGAGCUCAAAGAUGGGACUUUUCAUGAUGGCUUUAAUUUUUAAAAAAUUCUUCGUCACUGAUAAUCAAAGAUUUUCUGAUCUACUUGUCCAAUAUUGCAAAUUCUGAAUCAAUGACAUGAUGAGAAAUAACAGAAUAUUUCAGGUUUUUAUCUUUAAUACUUCCUGAGAUGUUGUUGUUCAAACAGUCUCAAGUUUCCAGGUUCAGGAAAAUGUGCUGGAAGUAGGUUGAUGGGCAUUUUUAGGAAAAAAUGACCACAGAUGCCAAUUUAAAUUCAGGAUAAAAUUUGAAGCAUAUCAGAGAUUGCUGACUGAUAAUUAGAGAUGGAAUAACCCUGUUUUUCUCUGGGUAGCAUUAAAACUUCAUGUCCAGCUGUCGUGACAUUUUUUGUUUCACUUCCUGAUUGAUGCCAAGUAUAGCUUAACAUUUCUGUAAUGUGGAGAUAAACAGCACUGUGCUGCUCAAACUGAUGACUUCUGCUUUUUUUUUUCUGCCUUGCUAUUUCCAUACCCUGACUAUUGACCCCAUCAGUCAGACUCACUGUCCUUUAAUACAUAAAAUCCUCUUUCUGUUUGCAGAUCGGUACACAGUUAAACAAUCCUAAUCCUGCAAAGCUCUUUUCUUUUAAAUGCACAUUAUAAUAGCACUGAAGGAGCUCCCAGAAACUUGUUUUGUUUCACCCUUUAAUUGUUCUCUAAACUCCAGGGGCUUUGUGGUUUUUGUUCUCUGUUGCAUAGCUGCUUAGAUGCUCAAUGCAGUUUUCUUCAUCAGUGAUUCAUAACUAACACAAUGGACCUCAGCUAAAGAAAUAAACUUUCUCUCCUGAAUCACUGUGACUUUAAGAGCUCUGUUAAAAAUAGUGAGACAUUUAGAGCCUCUACUUUUGAAUGCAGCCUCAUAUUCUAGUGUUACUGCCCCUUUUAAUGUUGCUCUGCUUUGGGAGGAGCUUUCAUUGGUGCUUGCAUUUCCCCAAAACCGAAACCUGAAAAGCUGAGCAGUGGAGCAGCAGCAACAUUCCAGAGAUCAUCGGAGUUCAUGAAGUCUUUUUCCAUGUUUGACUGCAGUCCAGAGCACAGAAGAUGUGUGACUGUUACAGGGGCUGCAUAGCGGCUCGGUGGUUUCCACUGUUGCAUCAUAACUAGAAGAUCUCCGGUUUGCGCUCCAGCCCAGGAUCUUUCUGCAUGGAGUCUGCAUGUUCUUCCUGUGCAUGGAUGGAAGAUGAUGAUCAGUAAAUGCCAAGACUGGUAAUGUGACAAAAGGAGGAAGGACAUCAUGGCUGACCAACCUGAGCAGUCACCCAAGAACUGGAGUGAAACUCAUGUAAGCACCUGGCUACGAUCCAUUGGGGUAAAGGAGCCAUACAUAGAAAAGCUCUAUGAAGAAGAAGUAGAUGGACAAAUCCUCCUCACGCUGAAUGAGGACUUUUUGAAAUCAAAGAUUUCCAUGAAAUCUGGUCCCGCUCAUUUGAUUAUUCAAAAACGAGAUGAGCUUCUCAAGGAUCAGCAAAAGAGUCAGGAGAAGAAAAAGCCCUCUAGUGGGAAAAAAACUGAGGUGGAGCAGAAGAGCAGUCAGAAAUCAGUUCCUGCAACAAGCGAAGAUCCUCCAACACAGACCCCUGUCAGCAAUCAGGAAGUCUUUGAGAAGAAAAAAUGCAAUCUGAUUUCAAAGGAAGACUGCAAACCCCGACCAUUUGAUAAAGAAGGGAUUGAUUUCAUAUAUGUAAAGCACAGAGUCCUGCAGCCGGAAUCUGGUGCUUUUAAUCUGACAUCUCCAUGCCAUGAAUUUAAAUCUCUUUCAGUAGCUGCUUCGUUGGACCGCACAAGACUCCAAGCUAAGUUCGCCAAAGAGGUUCUAAAAUUUGCGACUGGCUGUAUGAAUAUCAGAUCCAAUGGUACAAUACACUUUGGUGUGAUGGACAGCAAGGAGGAUGCAGAAUAUGUGCACGGUGAGAUAACUGGUGUCCCAGUGAAAGAGAAGGACAUUUAUGUUGAUGCUUUGGACUACAUUGAGAGGUGCUUCUCCUCUGACAAGGAGCAUGUACGCCAGUGUGUGCGACCACCAAGGUUCAUUGAGGUUAUGGAUCAAAGUGAAGAGAAGAGGUAUGUGGUGGAGGUUGACAUUGUGCCCUCACUCAGUAUUGUUAGGGGAAAGGUGUAUGCAGUCCGUUUGCCAAAUUUCAAAGAGUCAACCAACAAAGUAGAAUUUGAGAAAGAAGUGAUUCUGCGAAGGGUGGGUUCAAAAACAGAACCAGUGAGCGACAAAGAUUUAAGUGAUUUUUACCAGCGAGUCAAAGAUCGGGAUGCUCAAAGAGAUGAAGCAGAGAAAAAUCAGUUCCUGAGCGCUCCUGGGAUCUGCCAAGACCUCGGAAGGAAGCUAACAAUGCUAAUGACAAGUGGAAAGAAAUUCAUCGAAACAGAAAAAUGGUUCAUACUCGUCACCAACAAAUUCAAGCCUGAUGACCUCUGCAACAUUGACUGGCUGCUUAACAUGAACAUAUUCUGCGUGUUUGAUUUUGAUCCAGACUCAAAGAUAUCAGGUCUCUGCAGUAAAUACCUUCAGCAUCAUGCUGCCAACAUGCAUUUUCUGCAGAGCUACAGGAUAUCUGGCGGCACAACCAUCAAGGAAUUCACAAGCCACUUGCAUCUGUUUGAUCAAACUAGUUGGAUCUUCUGUAAUGGCCGCACUGACUUCAAAGGAAACGAAACUCCGUGUGAUGAGAUGACUUGGAUCAAGACCAAGAUGACGCUCCUGCGGGAAUCUGUGUCUUUAAUCUGUAAACAAAUCUUGCCAAAAGGCACAUUCCAGGUCAUUUUUCUUGUCACGUCACCAGUUGAGAAACCACUCUUGCACACCUUUUAUGAGUUUUUCACAGACAUGGAAGGCCAUGAAGACAUCAUCUGUAUCUGCGAGUCAGAGAAAAACUUCCAGAAAUGGCAAAGCUUUGCAGAAGGUUCAUGUGGAAAAGAAACUGUCGACAAUUCCAGUGUUGUUGGGAUGAAAAUGAGUCACAUUAAUGCAACUCUGCAGCAUGUACAACCCAUGAAAGCAUGUGCCAGCAAGCACUUGCCAGUCUUUGUGAAAGGGAAAUGUCUGCUUGAGACAAACGAAGAGGAACAGAUGUAUUCUCUGGAAAUCCUGACUGUCAACCACUGUGAUGAAACAAGCAAAGACUUCAUCGAUGAGGAGAAAGCAAACAUUGAAAGCCAGUUCCUCCGUGGUGGGGGAGUGACCUGGUUGAACUUCUGGCUUGCUGAGCACAAGUAUGUUGGAGAGGUAGUUGAAAGAGAUGCCUAUCAUGAAACAUCCAGACUUCUCAAAGAUGCUUUGAAAAAUUAUGCAGAUCAGACUCCAGUGAAUAUUAUAAACAUCUACCAUCACCCAGGAAGUGGUGGGAGCACAGUGGCAAGACAAGUGCUGUGGAACAACAGGGAAGAUCUGAGGUGUGCAGUUGUGAAGCCUUCACACUCAGCUGCUGUUGUUGCUCAACAUGCAGUUGAACUAAGACAAUAUGAAGAAACAGAUCCACAGUGGUGUCUUCCUGUGCUGCUUCUCAUUGAAGACUCAGACAAAGAAUAUCUAGAUGAUCUCAGGAAUGAACUAGAGGUUGCCAUUAACAGCAAACAAAUCCAGUAUGGAACUCUGUGUUUCAUCUUGUUGAGCUGCAGACGUUCCCAUGAUCCAGAGACAAGAUGCAACGAGUCUCCAUUAAAGAAUGUGGCUGUCACUCAUAAACUGUCUGCUCAAGAGAAGAGAAAGUUUGCAGGAAAACGAAAGGAACUUGAGGAACUCGGAUAUGAGCCUGAAUUCAUCCUGACGUUUGUUUUGAUGAGUCAAGAAUUCUCUGUAGAUUACGUCCGACAGUUUGUGAAACAUUUGCUCCAAGACAUUGACCACCGAUCUGUCGUCACUCGCCUCAUGCACUACGUGGCCUUGCUGAACACGUAUGUUCAAAACUCCUUCAUCUCUCAGUCCCACUGUGAAGCUUUGCUGGACUUAACCAUUCGGUUGGAGAGGUUUCGCCAGCAUACUUUUGAGAAAUCACUCAGUGAUCAGGCCAAACUAGUCUUCUUACACCUCAGAGAUGAGAAGACGCACAUUAAAUCAAUCAGAAUCAUCCACCCUCUGGUUGCAAAAGAAAUUCUCCAGCAACUUUGUGGAACCCAGCAGACCCAAAGCACUUUGGCGAUGAACUUGCUCUGUGAGAAUGUGCUUUUCGAGCACAGAUUUGGAAGAGAUGAGUAUCUGACAUUCUUGAGACAUCUUUUUCUAAGGCGAGCCAGAAUCAGCAAAGGGGAUGAAUAUGAUAGUUUCUUCUCUCCUCUCAUUGAUCAUGUGCGUGAAAAUGAGAAAAGCCCAGGCACAGCAAUAGAGCUACUCAAGGAGGCAUUCGAACGUUUCCACAAAGAUCCAUUCUUUGCACAACAACUUGCUCGUCUUCUUUAUACUUACGAAAAGUUUGAAGAGGCAAAACACUGGGCAGAAACAGCAGCUAAACAGCUGCCCAACAACUCCUACAUCCUCGACACAAAAGGGCAGGUCUACAGGAAAUGGUUCCAGGCCAAAUGCAAGGCCAUUGACAACAUGCCAAAGACACCCCAAAACACAGCUCAUGCUGUGGAGACUGCACUGAAAGCCCUGGAGUGUUUUCAAGAAUGUGAGAGAGCAGCUGACGCUGAUAUGGAGAACAUGAAUAGUUCAGGUUACUUCUCUGAAGUUGAGGUUGGGUGCAGCCUGCUCAAACUGAUCUCCUCAUUGCAAGUGUUUGCAAACAGAGUCAAUGGCCAUUCUGAAUGCAUGAAGUACCUGUUAACUGAUUACAUUCCUGAGGAAGUUGAAGAUGCCUGGCAACCAUUUCAUGACCGUUUGAAAAAACUUCACAGGACGAUGCAAGAUGCUUUGGAAUGGAUCUCAGAGGACCUCAGUUACUGGCAGACAGACAUUGGUGAAGAUGAAGAAGAGACACCUGAAAGACCAGAAGAGAAGAUAUGCCAUCCGCUGACAUGGUUGACUAAAAAAUCUUCUGAGUACGGGAAGUACUUCAGUGAAGCAUAUUCUACUGCACUUCUACAACAGGGGAAAUCCAUCCCAGCCAACCUAACUCCUUUCCAGAAACGCAUGAUCAUCUACCAUCUUGGUGGUGGAAACAUCAUAUCCAUCCUCUCCAAGCUGACUGACCAAAGUAACGGAGUAGGACUCUUAGAGGGUAUCCUUUCUCUCUACCCCAGCAAUCCAAUAAAAGCCAAAUUUGGUCAAAGGGAUAUCAUCAAUUACAUCGUGUCCCACAUCUCUCUAUACUGUCUAUCACCUCAAACUCCAAAGGUAGCUCCUCUGAAAGAUCUGCAGGCACUCUGCUGUCAGUUCCCAUCUGAUAAAAGGAGAUGUUUGCCAAGUGCCCUGUUCUUACUCACUUUGCUCUUCUGGCCAGAAGAUUAUGACUCAGACCGAGAAAAAGAAAGCAAAUAUGAAAUUGUGCAGUCGGCUGUGGAACACCUGGAAAAAGGUUACUGGACCAAGAUGAAAGACAUUCCUCAGCGGAAGAGAAGGAUUUACACCCAUUUUUUCCUGGGAAAUGGAACUGGGUUGGAUAAAUUUGUCCACAAGAGAAAGUUUCAAAGAAUCACAAAGGGGUUCUCAGUCUCUGAGAAACGCAUGAAGUGGUUUCGGGGUGAAGCUCUGAAGAUGCCUGAGAUCACUGUGAUGCUGAAACGUGUUUCCGGAUGGACUGAAGAUGGAGUGGUGUACCUGGAAGGCCCUCAGAAGAAGAAGUUCAGUAUCCUGCCUAUUUACGUACCCUCAGUGCCUCAUAGUAAUGAAAACAUCACCUUUAACGUGGGGUUCACCUUUAGAGGCCCAGUGGCCUGCAACAUCAUCGUGAAUGAGUAGUCUCUGUUUGCAGAAUGACUGCAUGUCGGCUAGCUGCAGCUCAGUCCCAAUGUGCAUCUUAUCACCAGGAACAGGAAGAGAUUACAAAUAUCAACCCAGACCAUAUGUCAUUUUGUCAUUCAGGCAAAUAUUUUUAAAAGGAAAAACUAAAAUGUUGGAGCAUGUUUUGUGAUGUGAAUAUGUGGACACUGCACUGCUUUGUAAGCAGUGAGAUGGUUGGAAAUUUAUAUUUGUCAGUUUUUUCUUUCAAUUUAUGUGUGGUUUUUAAGUGAGCUUGAAUGUAAAAAGUUACAGACCACAGUUAUUGAGUAUUUACAGUUAUAUUUGCCUGGCCUAUGAACAAAUAAGUAACCAUUUAAAUGUAUUUUUACUGCUCUACAGCUCAAAUGAAAACUUUUAAGUGCCCGUUUACAUUUGUUACUAGAAUGCCUUUUUUUUUUUUUUUUAAAUCAGAUUGUAUUUUCACUUUAGACAGACUGCAUUUAUAACGCACCUUGAAAACAUGCUUGGACUUUGCUAACUUGUUCACAUUCUCAGAAAACUGAAUGCUGCUAAACAGAAAAACAAAAACUUCCAACUAGCAUCAAGAAAAGCAGCUUCUGUCUGAAUGUGUGACUUGACUUUUGUAUUUUCAAGGAUAAAUUGGGGAAGCAAUGAAUUAAAUGCAAAUGUUUUUAAAAAUAGAAAUAAUAACAGUGUGUAUCUGUGUUGUACAACAUAUUGAGCCAAAGAGCAUAGUUGGUAUAUAUGAGUAUAUGUACAGUAUGUGUAUACUAGCACAUACUGAUCUGCAGCAGUGUGUUGUACAUCUGAUAUCCUGAUUCUCUUAACACGGUGGCAUGUGCACGCGCAGCAGCUCAGUACUCUCAGCUUUGCUGCAUAUGUGUAUUUUAUUACUUUUAAUGUAUUUUUACUAUUUUUUAAUGCACUGUAUGUUUUACUGUCCACGUCUUUUAAUGUUGACUUUUAAGCCAGUGCUACCAAAAAGAAAUUUGUUAUGUGGCUGGUCAAAACUAAUUGCAUAGUGACAGUAAGGAUUCUUGGUUUGACUUGUAAACAGAAAUAUGUUGAAAAGUGUUUUUAUAGCUUAUGAACAUGCUUCAUGCAAACUUUGAGAAUAUAUUUGUUUUGAGAUAAAGCUGCAAAUGAAACCUU